CUUUUAGUAACUAUUUCGUAAUAAUUAUUGAAAAUGCCAGGCUGCAGCAAGAAAUGUGGCAAACAAAAAAAGCGAUUGUCGAAAGACUCAAAAAGAAGUCAAGAUAAAUACACAGAGACUGAAUACGUCUCAAGUGCAGAAGAUCUAACUGAUCGAGAUUCAAUAUUAUCCGAGGGAUUAGAAAUGAAGACAUCAGGAAAAAGUGCAGACAGUUUUCGAAGCAGAUCGCGACGAAAAGACGAGAAGUCUGCAAGAACUCCAGGAUCCACUCCAGGAAGAAAAGCUGAGAGAAGAGACCAGGAAGAUCGAACUCCCCCGACCCCGAAAGCCUCGAAGAAGUCAAAGAAGUCCUCAGGAGUCACCCACGAUGAGUAUUACUCUACGGAGGGGAGUUACAUAUCAACUCCAAGCGGCAAAAAACGGAGAACCCCAUAUUCCAGCGAGACCGAGGACACUUCAGACACAACGAAGAGUUAUCUGAAAUGUGUGGCGAUGGAUUUGUCAAAAUUUCUAGGAGAAGAAUCGACGGAAACCGAAUCCUUCGAGGACGACGGGGAUGGGAUCGAUUGCGAGGACGAGGUGUGCGGAGGAUAUAAAGUUGCAGUUAAAAAACAGAGAAAAGCCCCAUCAAGUAGUGAGUCCUCUGAGGAGGAGACCGGUGGCUCUGAAAAAUGUCCAGAAUUGUGUGAAGAUGAUCCCACGAAACUCCCCGAGGAGAAACCAAAAAAAUGCGACAGCAAUUGUCGCAGAAAGCAGUGGUUUGAGAGACAGAGAGAAAGGAGACAAGCAGAAAUGGAUGAUUAUUUAUUACGCAAGGGCUUCAGGUACUUCGAUGACAUGUGCAAAUGCUCCUUAAAGUGCAUUAUGGCCCAGAUGUGUGGCGACCCUUUUGUGAGAAAUUUUGCAUUUUCCACCGUGGGAUUUUUACUUGGGAUGAAACUCUGCUGGGAGCUCGAUGGGUUCUAUGUCAUUCUAUGAAUUCAGCGGUCAGUUUUUAUAAAUAAAUUCAAGUCUGAUGAGAAUGACAGAAUGCGUGCUUUCUGCGUUGAACCGAUAUCCACGAUUUUUAUAUUAUUAAUGUGCAUGAUAUUCCGAUUGAAUUUCCCAGGUUUUGGAUUUGAACUAUGAGAACGCUCCACUGGAGUGUCGGGAACUCAAUUUUUUUUUAUACGUAAAAUUACACAAU